AUGCUGUACUUUUUACAGCCAUGCAAGAAGCGGCGAGAGGAAGAUGCUUCUGUGAAAACAAUCACAAGGUAUUUUUCACCAUUAGCAAAACCAGUGGAUAAAGCAUUGUCAUCACCAAAAUCCAACAAUAUCUUGGAUUAUUUUAAAAAGACGUCUGCAACUGAGAAUGCUGCAUUCCCAGUAGGAGCUGGAGAAAAUAAAACAUUGCUGGAUGCUGAUGACAAAGAGUGUAAAUCAUCUUUCAAGCCAUCCUUAAAGCGGAAAAGAAUAGGAAAGAAAGUAAAUUUAAAUAACAGGUCAAAAGAAAGGAAAGAAUCUGAGCAUGACCAUGAAAUUGAAGUUAGUAGUGGUGACAGCAGAGUAGCUACAGGACUGCAACAAGAGAGUAAUGACUUUAUUGCUUCUUGUACACUAGUGGACAAAAAAUGUGCAAGAGAAUUAGCAGAAGAGAAAGAUGAUCAAAGAGAGAACUUCCCAAAUAUUGUCCCCUCCAGAAAAAAUGCAAAAAACUUUGGCUGUGAAACAAAUGGAUCAAAAAAUAGGAUAAGAAAAUCAAGGGAAAGGAAGCACAAAGUAAAUAUUGAUUUGCCUGAAAGCUCUUCAUCGGAAAACCAGAUGAAUGAAACGUGUAAAAAGGAAACCGGAGAGAAGACAAAUCCAGUAGGAGAGUGUGAUGCUGCUAUUGGUGAUUCCAGUUUUGAGGUUCAUACAGAUGAUGGAACAUCCCAGGUAAAUAAUUGUAUAGUAACAGUGUCAUUUGAGGACUUCUUGAGAAGUCAGGGAGAAAAUAAUGUUGAAGAAGACACAAAGUCAGCAAUGGACACUUCUGGUACAGCAAAUGAAAUGGACAAAAGUGAUAGUAUUAGUGACACAGAAAAGUGUGAGGAAUCCCAACAGCUGCCACUCAGAACAGUGACUGUCCUUGCACAAGUUCAUUCCAUUCCCCCCAAAUUGCCUCCCUCGCAUAAGGAACAGAAAGGCUCUAGGAAAAUAGCUUCCAUUUUUUUGAAGCAGAAGGGACGUGUAGGGGAAAAAGAAAGCAGCCCAGCCCUCUUGGACAGUGAGCAAACCGAACAGGUGACUCAGAAAAGAAAAUCCAAUGUCGUUAUUGAGGAAGAAGAAUUGGAGCUGGCUGUUCUGGAGACUGCAGGGUUGGACUCUCUGAGGCCAAAAUGUACUCUGGAAGAAAAGCAUCAGUUUAUGAAAGCUUUUAGACAACCAACAGCAGAUGUAACAAAAAGUGGAGUUAAAAAGGCACCUGGAAAACAAAAGCAAGCUGCUGCAGUGUCUUCAAAAGAACAAGAAGGAUCUGAAGAUGUCGUUCCUUCAAAUAAAGGAUUAGAAAGCAGGAUACCAGAAGAUUAUGUGGACAAAUACACACAUUCCAAACCCAAAAGCAAUAGAACUAAACCCAGAAGAUCUAGGAAGGUUCAGAAAAAAGGAAACAGAAGAAAGAAGACUUUAGAAACUAAGGAAAUGGAUGUCUCAAACACCAGCAAUUAUACUGGAGAAGAAGAUUCAGGUGCUAGUGUUGUUUCUGUGGAAAACACGGUAGAUGUAACAAUUCCAUCAAGUCCAGAAGUAAGUGAGUUAAGGAGGAGUUUAAGGCAGCAGAAAACCAAAACAUCAACAAAUGUUACUGCUAAAAAGCCCAGGGCUAGAAGUGCCUGUUCUGCAGAUGAAUUAAGCUCCUGCCCUUUAGAGACUUCCACCCCAAAAGCACACAGACAAUCCUGCAAGAAAAGCAACAUGUACAGAGCUGAGGUGAUUACUGUGCCCUUUGAUGGAAACAGCCCAAUAAGAAUGAGGUUUACACGUAUCAAAGCAGCUACAAAAUCAAAUAAAGCUGAAGCAAUGAAAAACGAAGAGUCUCACCCUGGAAACCCAAAGAUACACUACACUUCUAAAAACAUCUCCAAAGCAAAGCAGCUGAUUGAAAAAGCAAAGGCUAUACAGCAGACCAGGUCAAAAAACAUCUCCAAAGCAAAGCAGCUGAUUGAAAAAGCAAAAGCUAUACAGCAGACCAGGUCAAAACCGAAUGAAGACUCAACAGCUCCUGUGAGGCGCUCAUCUCGACAGCGAAUUCUUGCUGAGAAGAAGAAAUUAGAAGAAAGUGAUGAAUCAGUAAUAAUUUUAGAUUCCAGCAUGGAUAGUGUCACUACUACAGAGCAGACUGUGAAGGAAAAGAAACUUCGGAGCUUAAAUGAUGUCUUGGGGAAGAAGUCUAAAAACUUGAAAGUUGCAAAGAACUCCAAUGGGAAACUGGGUUGUCUGCCUUCCUGCCUAGGCACAAAUGCUAAAAACUCUGCAGGUGAACCAAUUGUGAUCUUUGAUGAAAGCAGCCAAGAUGCAUCUGAAAAUUCUCAAGAUGAUGAUCCGUUCAGAGCAAAACGUGAAUUCCUGAUGAGUGGACUGCCAGAAUCACUGAAAAGGCAGAUUGCAAAGAAGGCAGCAGCAAUGGAAGCAUACUCUCUUGCAAGUUCCUGUUUUAAGACUGUUGUCCAUGUACAGCAGAAGGAUGACUGCUCUCCAAUGUGGAAAUUGCAAUCACCAUCAUGUCCUCUAUUAACUAAGCUGAGGGAACUGAGUACUGAAGUCACCAACAUCACAAAAAUCACUCUCUCACUUGGUGAAUUUUCCACAGUGAAUUCAAAACAAACUGGAAAUUGUUCUGCACCUGGGCUUUCAGGCCACCGACCAGCUCUUCGUGAUGCAUUCAAGAAGGAUUUGCUAGAUGAGAUUGUGGCUUCUAAUUCUCAAUUUCCAGUGAGAAGAUACUACUCCAGGUUCCUGAAAAAGCAAACAGAACGGUUGGCAUUGGAAAAUAGCACACAAGAAAGCAGAGAUGGCACUAAUCUUGAUGUAACUGAGAAACAUCCUGACAAAUGGAAGGAAACGAAGAGGAAAAGGAAAGAAACAGAAGACCGCAAAUCAAAAAGAAGAAAACAACUUGAAGGUACAGAGACUGAAAUGAAAUCAAGAGUUUCCAGGAACCUUAUUCCUCCCAUAUCUGGAGAAAAACAGGCAGAGACAGGACAAGCCACUCACUUGGGAAAAAACAAGACCCAGAAACCAGAUAGUGUGACAGAAGACACUGGGUGUUUAUCAGAUCCAAGUGCACUUUCAGGUGUGGAAAAAGAAGACAUGCUCUGGACAGAAAAAUAUCAGCCCCAAGAUUCCACUGAACUUGUAGGGAACAAGAAAGAAAUUGAAAGGCUACACAGUUGGUUACAAGAAUGGAAAAAGAGAGCUGAUUUGGAAGAAAAACGAAAUCAGAAAAGGGAAAAGGAGGGUAAAGAGCAAGAAGAUUCUUUAAGCAGCCUUGACUUUAAAGAUAGUAAAUCUGAUACUGAAGAAGAGACAACCCUUUGCAAUACAGUUCUGAUAACUGGCCCACCAGGAGUGGGGAAAACUGCUGCAGUGUAUGCUUGUGCUCAGGAGCUUGGGUUUAAGAUAUUUGAAGUCAAUGCCUCUUGCCAGCGUAGUGGGAGACAGAUUCUGUCCCAGCUGAAAGAAGCUACUCAGUCUCAUCAAGUGGAUAAAAAAGGCGUGAAUGCACACAAGCCUUGCUUUUUUAAUAGCUGUAGCACUGCCAAGUCACCAAAAAAAAUGUAUUCACCAAAGAAAGUUAUUUCUCCAAGAAAACCACCACUGUCACCGAAAGGAGCAGGAUUAAAACGAAGCUUGCCUCCUAAAACACUUGCAAACUACUUCAAAAUUUCUGCCAAAUGUAAAGGUAUUGAUGGAGAAGCAACAUCUGAAGAAAAAAAUGGAGGAAAUACUCAGAAGUCACUGGAAGUAAAGAAAGAUGCUCAGAUUAAGACAAUAAGCAAAGAAGAAGGAGGAGAACACAACAGGAAAAGUGCAACAUCUCUCAUUCUUUUUGAAGAGGUGGAUAUAAUAUUUGAUGAAGAUGCAGGAUUUCUAAAUGCAAUAAAGACAUUCAUGGCAACUGCAAAGAGACCUGUAAUUCUCACCACCAAUGAUCCAACAUUCAGCUUAAUGUUUGAUGGCUAUUUUGAAGAGAUCAACUUUAAAACCCCUUCCCUGAUAAACUCUGUGAGCUACCUCCAAGCUCUGUGCCUGGCUGAGAACCUACGGACAGAUGUGAAAGACUUGGCUGCUCUGCUGACCACAAAUAACUGUGAUAUCAGACAAAGUGUUCUGUACUUACAGUUCUGGGUUAGAAGUGGAGGUGGAUGCUUGAAAGAGAAGUGUUUGGCACCUCAUGGAGGAGAAGAGACAAGGAAGGCAGAUAAUGUCAUUCAUCAUGCAAAGUCUAACAAUUCCAAGGUGGAUUUUUCUCAAGCUGAGGAUGCACAUCUUCAGGAGUUUCCAAAAUGUGAUACAGGCUGUGUAGAGACGUUGCUUGGCCUUAAGAACAUCCUAUUGCCUUCAGAAGAUUUGUUUACAUUUUUUAAGCACAAAAUCACAACCGUGGAGGAAUGGAAUAAAUUGAUGCAGCUUCUCACAGAAUUCCAGAUGAAGCAUGUGGAUUUUGUAUAUAGCAAUCUUGAACUUAUUCUUCCCUUACCAGUGCAAGUUCUGUCAAACCAGUCUGAAGCCUCUAAGUCUAUACUUGAAAGGACUACUAUAGUUUCUUCAAAAGAAAGACCUACUAAGAGCUCUUGCUCUGGGAAGAGUAGCCCUGGAAAAAGGUCUAAAAAGACAAAGGCUCAGAAAAGGCUUGAGAUACUGGAUGAUAGUGACUUAUUUGAUUCUGAGCUGAACUAUUCAGCUGAAUUCAUAACUUUGCCAUCAGACAGUCCUAAAUCAUGUGCUGAAAUAAAUAAAAAGGAAUCAAAAUUGUUGAUGCAUAAAGAACAAAAAGAAGUUGAAGCUAAAACCUCAGCAAAUGGGAAAAGGUCUGCAGUUGUUUCUCAGUGCCUGAAUUCACUGUCUGAGUUUGUGGAAAACAUGUCCUUCCUGGAUUGCUGUGUAAACACUAACACCAGGGAACCACUGGAGUUUUCUAAAAGUGAAGAAUUUCAUUGGACAAAUGCCAAAAUCAGAAAUGGUCUCUGUGACGAGUUCAGUAUAGAAAACACUGAUUGGUGGAGUUCACAGAGCUGUAGUGAAAUAAAGGCAGCUAUUGAAGCACUCUGCUUCACCAAAAGUUCUGUUAAUAUUUCACAAAACUUGGAAUCCUUUUUGAGUACCAGUAAAACACCUGAAAGUGAUCAGCUGAAGGGACUUACUCUGCCUGUCUCAAACACAAGGGAUUGCAUAUCCUUCAGUCAGACAGCUGAUCCAAGCACUCAUAAAAAAGCACAGAAGAGGCUGGCUGUCAUCAAAACUGUGUUUUCCAGAAGUCCUUUAAACCUGGGCAAUAAGCAAGCCAGUACCCUCGAAUACCUCCCCACUCUCCGCAAUAUUUGCAGGUCUGAGAAGCUUAAAGAGCAAGGGAAGACUAAAAGAAGGUUCUUGCAUUAUCUUGAAGGGAUUCAUCUUGAAAUACCCAGACAAAUGAUAAAUAGUCUGUCUUUGGACUUCCCUUAAAAUUGCCAACACCAGAAAUACUUUGUGCCUAAUGGUGGUAUUCUCACCACAGUUUGGUUAUUUUUUAAUUACCACAUUAUUGUAUA